AUGACAUUAAAUGCUGGUAUGAUAGUGGACACAACCAAUGUGACAGUGCUGAAACUUCCAGUCGUUCACGUAUUCUUGGUUUCAGCUUAUUACUAUCCGACAUCUAAAUCAUUAGGUCCAAAUGCAGUUGCAUUGAACAUGGUUGUAGACAGUAAAAGUCUGAACAUUGAUAACGCAACGUACAGCGUUGUUGGAUCGAAUUCGACACAUCGAGUAAUUUCAAACGCACCAUCUCAAGUAGAAGGCGUUCCAAAUUGUAGGUAUACAACAGCAAUGGCAAGUACAAAUACUGUUUCAAAUCUGGCAAAACUUGAAAUGGAGUCUACUGGUAUGACUGUAGAGAUCCCGUUCAAAAUAGCUCGUUACUCUGCUCCAAGACCUGUAAUAAUAUGUAUCUCGCCGCAAUUCGUAGCCGAGCAAUGGCAGAUUUUUAUGAUGCAAGUGCACGUAUCACAUAGAUUUGGAGGGCACCUUCACAUUUACUUAACAUCGAUAAUAGAUUCUUAUUUUGAACUGAUGAAAAAAUAUGAGCUCCUUGGAUUCAUCACUAUCGAUUACUGGCUUCGAAUGAAGUUUUCCAAAACGGAGACACCUUUCUUCGAACCAAAUGGAAAUGUUGAAUGGAGAAACCAGGCGGGCGCACAAAUCGACUGCUUGUUACAGUAUAAGGAAGCAGCUGAAUAUAUAGCAUUUUUCGAUAUGGACGAUAUUCUAUUUCCAAAAACUUAUCCCAGAUAUAUAGAGGAGUUUCAAGCUGAGUGGAGUGUGGACCCUACAACUGAAAAUUUUUCGGAGUUCAACUUCCCCGAUCUUGUCACUAGUUUACGAUCCUCGUCGACUGUGAAACGUGGUAAAGUUGUAGUAAGACCAGACCGUUACAAUUCCACAUGGAUUCACUACAGUUGGCAUGAUUUGAACAGCCGAAUAAUUGCAUCGCCCAACUUGAUUCAUGUUCAACGACCAACUCAAAAACAUGGAGAUAACAAAAUGCUAAUAAAGUGGAAAAUGGAAUUUGGACCACUAAAUGAAACAAUUAAAUCAGUUGAUAUAGCAGCGAUUCAAAAAGAAAUCGAAAAGAUUCGCAAUUCAACGAUCCACCCUGAUAUUACCUCAAGACUUCCAACAUCAGAUUUUUACUUACCAAUCGUGUUCGAGUGUUAUUAUAAAUCAUUUUAUGGUGCCGCGUUCGACAAUCAACCUGGUGGUUUCUUAUGUCCAAAUGCAGAUUCCUGUGAACUGCCUCAAAGAGAAAACUUCAAAUGCAUUCACUCCGACGCCGAGUACCACUCAGGUCCUCAUAUGGUUCCGUACACUUUUCAUUACGCCAAGAAACCGUUCUGGUCAUCAAGCGUUGGUUGUUAUCAGUAG